GAUCUUGAAUUGGAGCAUGAGGGAGCAGCUCCAGGAUCCACCUCACAGCCAGUUAGACGAAACAUUUCUUUAAAACUGAAAGCAAAGAGCAAGUCAGCAAGUUCAUUGUCAUCUGGGAAAAGCAAGAAAAAGGAAGGAAAAAGCGGAGAAAAGUCUAGGACAGGAUCGGAAGGUAAAGAAGCCAAUUUUCUUUCAACGCUGUACAAUGUAUGUGUGGUUUUAAGCCUUGCUGUCAUGUUGUUUCCUUAGACAAGAAACGUUAGUCCACUUUGUCUCUUCACCCAGGUGUAUAAAUGGGAACCUGAGGAAUGCUGUGUGAAGGUUGUUGAGAGACACACACUCUUGAGCAUCUCUGUCAAUAAGAGCCUGAGACAGUGGAUUCCCUUUGGCUACUAUGAGCAUGACCCCUGGAUACUUUCAUAAGAAAAUGGAAUAUAGAAUAUAGAACCAAUACAGUGCUUGAAAAAUCUUGAAGUCCAGCUGUCUUUGGGGCAAGCAGCUCUCAUAUUUUGCUUGCUUAGGGCCACCUCUUGCUUGUCUUAGUUAAUGAUUUUAUUAGAGGAUCAGUUGUCUUGACCCUUAAUGGGCAAGUGAGCCUUAAAAGUUACUUGUUUAGCAAGAAAAUCCACCUGACCAGGACUACUGGAUGGGACUUGUUUUGAGCCCUGCAACAUAAAUUUGUUGCUGUUUAUUACCCUGCCUACAUAUUGUACAUUUAAACAUGUACGGUAUAUCCAGCAACUUGAAAUCUGAGCAACAGCCCUGCUUGAGGAAAUAAGCAACAUUGACAAGUUUUUCAUUUUUCUGUGAAUUAUGUUUGUUUAUUCAAAAGAGACAAUCAGUAUUACAGUGGAACCUUGAUAUAAUGAAACUCUGUAUAACAAAGUCCUCGGUAUAACAAACGAUUUUCUUUACCCCAGUCAUUGUAAGAUAUGAAAAAGAACCUCAAUAUAACAAAACCUCAUCGAUAUGGCAAACACAUUUUGCCAGUCACCUGGCUCUUCGUUAAAUCAAGGUUCCACUGUACAGAUGUUACUAGAACCUUCUGGAAAAACCUACUUGGAAAAGCAGGUUUUUCAAGAAUGGUCUUUUUGUUGUUACAUCAUACCUGUUUUCACCCUUUUGUCACUAACUGAUCUGUCAGAGAGUUCUCUUGUAUUUUGGCUCAUAAAUAAAUUUCAAGUUGUUUUUGAAAACUUCCGAAGCUCUGGUAAAUUUAUUAAGUUGAAUGGCAACAAGGGUGUCCUGUGAUGAGCAAGCAUCCCAUCCAGAGAGGUUAGCCAUACUCCUACGGUGUAAAUGCUUCAUGCUACAGAAAUUAGGUUAAGCUCUGGCUGUUUGGGCUUCAAGAUGUAGGUCUGCCUGUACCUGCUUUUGCAUUGAGUUACAUUGCUCUUUUGGAUGUUAAUUCUUGCCUUCAGUUGUACUGUAAUUUACUGUGUACUGUAAGUGACAAAAUUCUAUCCUUUCAGUAAUAGUUCUUAUAUUUUUUAAAAGAAUUUGUUAUUCAUGUGUACCAGCUGCCAUACAACUAUGAUUUUUUGUAAUGAAAUAGAAAAAGGGUUGUUUGUUUGUUUACACAAAUCCUGAUCAAAUUUAAUUAUGUAAUUUUGCCUGCAUUGGUGUAAAAGUUAUUCAGGUAGAGGCCAUAGAGUACAGUUAGUUAGGUCGUAAUGACAUGUUGUGCAGUUCACAGACCACAGGAUUCAAUUAAAACCGAGUAAACUACACAUGUAAACAUUUCGCUAGAUUGUUAAAGGUCCUCUUAGUUGUUAGAAGUCCUGGAUAGUUAUUUUAUUCUUUGUUUGUCAUAUCUAUUAGUUGACAAGGAAAGUAAAAGGAAACAGAAAUCCCCUGGAACAGCUGCAGCAGCUCAAGUGGUUGUCAUGAGAGAACUCAAGUGGGAUCAUCAAGUAUGUACUAUUAAUUUUAUAAUUUAUGCUUAUUUAGCCCCCAGUCACUUAGCCCCUAUUUGUAAGUCGUUUGCCAUAAACAGCCUAAUAAAUGUCUACUUGAAAAAUAAAGGCCCCCUCAACAUUGUUAAAAUUUUAUUAGAUGCCCCUCUUUAAUAAAGGCCCCUGUCUAAUAAAUAGACGGUUCCCCAUGAGAAUUACUCCAAAAUACUAGGAAUUAGCAAAAAGGUGCAAAAUCAUUCAAUUCAUUCAGUUGCCUGCUUGAUUAGCAAGGGUAAAUGCGUAUUUCAUCUUGCUCAAUGUUAAGUUAAAAAUGAGGAUAGACUAACGAUGGCAACGCAAAAACAAUGAACGUGGAUUCUAACAUUGAUGUUGGGAUUUGAAAAAGAACAAUAUGGAUCUCUGGACGGCCUAGCUGUAUCAAUAUUGAUGGAGUGGAUAUUCCACCAUUUUUAAACUCUCUUGAUAUUUUUGCCGAAAGAGGGCUCAAAAUUGCGACUGAUAAGGUUGCCAAUGUGACUAACAUUUUCUCCUUGGUGACUAAAAAUUCUAGUUUAGUCGCCAAAGUGGCGACCAGAUUUCUCUAUGACUUAGAUUUAAAUUAAAUUAGUAAAGUUAAAACAAACAUUCGAUCUUAUCCUGCUUUGCUGUCAUCAUAAAAAAUGUGCCAAAUUGGAUAAACAAAGCCAGUUUACCUCCAAAUUUAUACCGAAUUCUAUCUACGAUAUUUUCAAAUCUGAUGGAUCACACCAUACUAUGCAGGGCUUCUGAUAAGUCCCGGAAAAAAGUCAAAUUUCGCUGGAUUUGUAGGGGCAAAUUCGCGGAAAAAUCGACCGGUAAAAAAAGGACGAUCGGUAAAAAGGGACCAUUUUGUGGUUAUUUUCAGGGAAAACGUCGUUAGAGAUUGAUCAGUUUUGCACAGACCAUUGACCAGCGUUUUUAAUGUUUUUCUAACAGAGGUCAUCAUUUGCUCUUUCAACAUGAAUAUGCUCCAGAACUGAACCAAUGGCAAAGCAUCAUGGCUAGUGCCCAGCUUUUCGCAACAUAAUCUACGCCUAGUACAUGUAGUUUCAGGACAUUGUUUGCAUGUUUCAGUGAUAAAGUUUCAAGACAAAUUUACAAGUUUACGGCAAGUAAAUAGCCCCAAUAGCUGAGAAGUUUCAAAUAUGUUGUACAAACAUGUAUUUGAUAAGAUUUCUACCGAAUUUUGCAGUAUUUUGCGUGGUUUUGUGAAUUUCGCUGCUCUGCAACCGUGCAAAAUAUCAGAAGCCCUGACUAUGAGCUGUGUCAUUUACAUUAUUCAAACUGGUGACUAAAAAUUUGCCUCUGGUGAAUGUAUUUCUCCAGUUGGUCGCCAAAAGGCAACCUGAGAAUUUUUUUAAUUUCGAGCCCUGCGAAAGCAUGUUAGUUUUGUUGAGCUUGUUAUAGCCUGUGAACAGAGAGCCUGUUCACAGGCUGAGCUUGUUACAGUUAUGAGAAUAAACGCCUUUCGCUUUUAAAUGCCUUCUAUCUAUUAAACACCUCCACUUGGACCCCUAGAAUUCACUAGAUGCCUUGGGCAUUUAUUAGGUCAUUUAUGGUAGCCCCCAAAAUUAAGUCAUUAAUUUUUUAUUAUUUUAGGCCCAUACAUGUACAUGAGAUAACUUAGGCUCUUUCAUUUCUGUUAUCAUAUCAGUUUGUUACAAAAACAAGACAUUUAGGUUUCAAAAUAGUUUAGCUUAUCCUCCUGUCUUCCUCACAGAUUUUGCCGAUUGGGCAAAAAGUGCAAGAUCCACUUCUCCACCUUUUUGAAAAGUGCUCUCUCCCUAUCCUUGUUUAUGGCCGACUGGUAUGUAUAACAAGUAUUUACUUAUGUACUCCUUUACCAGUAUGCAAAGAAAGUUGUGUCCGAUAGCCCGGGACUAGAGGAUUUCGGUUAUCGGGCUAGUGAAUUCUGUUCUCAAUUUACCCUACUGGCAAAUGAAUUUCUUUUAGGAAAUUUGCAUUACAGAAGAACUGUAAUCAAUCCUGCUCAUUAAUGACUCUUGGGCUGGUACAUGCUAGUUGCAGCUUGCACGAAUGGGAAGCUGUAAAACUGACUUUCUUUGCACCCUGUUUACUACUUGAGCUAGUUAAUGACAUAAUGUCAUGAUGUAUGAAUGCACUGAAGCUCUUGUUUUUGAGUCUGGAUGAAAUCUUGCUGUUACCAUUAAAAUAUAGUAAAUUCUCCUUGGUGGUUCCAACCUCUGCAAGAUUAUUAUUAAUUUUGUGGAAUACUUUUUCUGGAGUUUUUAGUUUUUCAUUUUUAUAACUCCAGUGUUAUGCCACUGGUGUACAUUGUAUCUCCCAUGGUAUGUCGUGAUCAAUAUUUUGUGUAAAGCUUGAACUGCUGUCAGUAACAAAAUUGUUGUAGAAUUUAGUGAUAUCCAGGUCAUCGAUUAUAGUGGAAUAUUGAUUAAAAAAAACCUCCAGUAAAUGGAUAUUGAUCAUGGAAAAUGUUCACAUGAACAUCCCCCCAAGGUAAAAAAUAUAUAUAUUUAUAGUUGACGAAUCAGAUCUUUUAGUUAUCUUAUCUUUUUAAGAACGCUUUUAAUUUAUGAUCAUCCUAGGAACAUAUUUGCUACUUUUUCUUUUUAUUUGGCUUUUAUUUGGUUUUAUUCAUAGUCUAUUUUUAUUCGUUUUUCACAAUAUUGUUUUAACAAUAUUGUGAAACGCAUAGCUCAAUUUUAUUUUAAAAUUUUUAUACAGUGCACUGUUAUUAGUUCAUUUUAUUAAUUUUUUUUAAAGUAAUUGUUGUUGUAAAGUGCCAUUGGACAGCAAUGGAAAUGGUGCUUUGGAAGUAAAUGUUAUUAUUAUUAUUAUUAUUAUUAUGAGAAUAUUAAAACGUGGGGGUUGUAUUUUAAAUGUUCAUCCAGUGAUGUAGCUUUAAUGCAUUGAUGAACCCUUUUUUGAAACCUUCCAUACAUGUAUGUUCUAAAACGUGCAACAGUGGCUCUGCUUAAUUCUCUCUGUUGGUUUGGUAGGGUAAUUUUGUUUGCAUUCGAUUAUGCAUGUUGUGUUAAGAUGGGUAAAAGAUACAUGUGGGUAAUCGGUAAUUAUGAUUUAAAACGAGCAUUAAGUCCAAUAUUAUUGUAAGUACAGCCCAAAACUCUUGGUGUAUGGAAAACACUAAUCUUUCUACAUGACUUGUACCCUUCAAAAUUAAUAAUUUAUGCCUUCCUUGCCUUUAUUUCAGAGUCCAUGCAAACACUCUUUCUGUUUAACAUGCGCAGAAAAGGGAAAUGGAAAAUGCCCAAGGUAGAGUUAAAAUGGAUUUCAUCAUUUUUGUUACCUCAGUACAACUUGGUCUGCCAAAAAAUAAUGUUUACACUGGGCUAAGUACAUUCAGUGCUAUGUCAUUAGAAAUGUGGUUGCCUUUGGUUGCACGUAAUUUUUACUAAAACCAGUUUAAUCAAGACCAGGCACAUCGGAGUUCUUAAAACUCGUUCGAUUGGGUUUGUGAGUUCCAGAACCAAUUACAUUCAAUGCUAUGCCACUAGAAGUGUGAUUGACUUUGGUUAUUCAUGUUAUUUUGACUUUAACUUGCUUAAUCACAAGGGACUUCGGAGUUCUAAACUUGCUCCAAAGGGUUUGCGAGUCCUAAAACCAAUUAUUACAUUCAAUGCUAUGCCAUUAGAAGUGUGGUUGACUUUGGUUGUUCAUGUUUUUUUGACCUUAACUUGCUUAAUCACAAGGCACUUCCGAGUUCUUAAAGACUCGUUUCAAAGGGUUUGUGAGUUCUAGAAUCAAUAAUAACUGAAAUUUGGAAGUGCGAGGUCGUUAGCAGGACUUGAAUUUGGGCGACAUAGCAAAAAAAAAAUUCUCAAAAUUCAAAUGAUGAAAAAGAGACGAAAUUCAAAGUUUUGAUUAACGUACUGACUAGCCAUGCAGCUAAGUUGCUGAAAGUUGCUAUUCAUGUGUCCAGAGUUGUGUUAUUAAGAUCCAGCUUAUAAGUAGUCUCCCACCUUCUCGUUUUUGUCUGGUCACACAACGCUCCUCCCUCCUCCCCUUCCCCCCCCCCUUUCAUGGGGAGUGGUGUUGCGUGACAUGACAAAAACGGCUGCUUGAGAGACUAGCUUACAAGGGAUAACGGGAUAAAUAACUAAAACGGGAGUAUUUCCAAAAAUUGCCCUUCAUCGGGGCUCUGAAUUCAAGUGAAGUUUACUUUAGGUGUGGGGAAAGUGUUCAGAGGAUUGAGUGAGCACCGCUAGGCAGUGUGUAUGUAUGUUCAGUCGGCGGAGGCCGCUAUGGAAUCUUGGGAUGUCGUCAGAGUUAUUUCUCCCAGCGAGAUUUGCCGUCGCACAUUAAGAGACGUCAUCAGAGAGAGCAGGGGGGAGGGGAGAGUGAUGGAGGAGAGGAAGCUGAAAAUGAGAUACAGCGUGCUAUGUUUCCUCAGGCAGCCCCCUUUUACCCAGCCCCUCUACACGAGACCAUUCCCACGGUGCCCCACGCCCCAUGUUGCCAGGGGAAAGACCCUUUGGCAAUGUAGGAACUGUACCAGGCAUGCAUGGGUGCCAUUUCCCUGCUGUACCCACUAUACCUUAGGAAACAUUCUUUAUGGAAGGACUGCGUCAGCAACAUCCUGUGGUCAGUAGUUUUCCCGUACAAGGUCCUGCACCAGCCCCUAUGCAACACGUCCCUUAAGGCGGCUCCCCUCUGCCCGAGCAAGGGCCUUCUUCAAGAUUUGAAGAGAUGCAAGUGUCCAGGCCAAUAGCCUCAUCCCCUAUUGAGGAAGGCUUUGGACACAGGCCAGUGGGGUGUGAUUUUCCAGGAAGGUUUCUGGGACCUCAGCGGUCCGAUGCAGACUGGAUUCCAGGGGAACGGGAACCUCCUCUAGGAGGAGAAAGAGACUGGAUUCCAUCUCCGUGGGGCGUGGCGAUAGGGACUGGAUACCUCCUCGCAAACAUGGUUCCCCCUGGGGCUCUUCCCCAAGGAAGACCCCCCCCCCCGAGACCUUCAUAUUCGUCCAGUGUUUUGAAUCUCUUUUUUUCUUUUUACAUUUACCUGUAGUUGAUAAUGUGGCUUAUGAUAGUCUCUAUUCAAGAUUCAGCGCGCACUACAUUUCCGAUACACUGGUGCAUGGUGGGUAGCAUAUAUUUUUGAAGACUGUGCAUUACCUCAGAAAAGUUGAUCCUUUGCUACUAAACCCCUUGUAUAGCAAUUCCAAGUAAUCAAAAAUGAUGAUUUUUCCCUGUCUUGUUUUGCAAUGUCUUUUAGGUCUCAUUAUGUUUGGAGGGGAGUUAAAUUUGACAAGUUUUUUCCCAGAGGCUGGGGUUCAACAACGUUUGAAGGAACAUGGGAAAGAUCCACUAUGGAAAAUCAAGUAUGAACAACAUUUUAUAUAU